AUGGAUAAUGCGUACGCUGAACGCCCAUGUCAGGCAUGUCGACAGAAGAGAGUCAAGUGCGACAAGCGCCUGACUGGUUGUCAACGAUGCGCGGACUCUGGUCUGCAAUGCCCUGGUUACAAGACUGCUCGUAAGUUUCUCGACGAAAGCGAGAAGGUCCGCAAGAAGUUCGUGAAGCGCGAUGAGCACAACAACAUUGGCCUACAGUCGCCUGCUUUGUCCGCCUUGUCGCCUGAACCUGGGCCACUCGUUACACCACAUGCAGACUAUCGGGCCCACUCUCGGCCAGGAAGCGGCCUAUCUCUACCAUCACGAAGCCCUCCACUGGGAGUCCAUCAUCAACCCGGUGCGUCUCUAUUGUCUCUGGGCUCAUACCAGCGGCGGCCCUCUCCAGGCUUUCAGGCUCCUGCUUCCACUUCUGUCAACGUCGCUCCGCUCAUCUCCGGCCUUGCGCAAACAUUCCCGUCGGGUACACCUCUCAGUGACGCGCGUGCCACUCCCGAGUAUCAGGAACAUGCUAGGGUAGCCGAGAUCGUCGCGCCCAGCACCGUCGCUUACUCUGAGACGACCCUUUCAGAUUCCAUCGACUACUCAAACUCGGACUUCUUCGACCUUGACAUCGAGACCUACUAUGCUAACGGCAACAAUGCAUGCGGAUUCAUUCCUGGUGUGCCUGUGAUCCUGAGCGAAGUCGAUGACCUGGAUCUGGACAACAUGGAUCAUCAUUCUCUUGCACCUACUGCACCAGAUCCCAUAGUCGCGAGCCAGGGAUACACAAGCGGACAAGAAAAUGCCGAAGCCAUCGCGGAAAGGAAGCAAGAAAUGGCCCUUCUCAUUAGGCUCUUUGUGGAUUUCAUGGCCCCAUGGAUGGAUCUGUUCGACUUCGACGCCUACUUUACGCGCAUUAUCCCGCUCAAGGCUGCCACAAAUGCCAUGCUACAGUCCGCUCUCGCAGCUGUGGCAUCGAAACAAUUGGCGCGGUACGGCAUGAACUCGCACAUUGACCAUUCUCGAUACGCUGCAAUCCUCACAUCGAAAUAUCGAGGUGUCAGCGCACACGAGUGGUUCUACAAGGCUGCAAGCUACUACGACAGGGGUAUUUCGUGCCUCCGUACCUUCCUUCGCCGAUAUUCCCACGGAGGAGACCCGUCCUUCCUUUUGAGCCCUCCCUCUUCCACGACCGGUGGUUCUCCCGAAGGGCCGCAGGCUAUGAUGAGGCAAUUAAGCAGGCGAAGUAGCAUCGGGGGCGUGUCAGCCGACAGCGAUCUUCAGGAUCUGCUAUCAGCAAUCUCGGUCUUCUCACUGUACGAGUCUUUUGACGAUUCGACGCUCGGAGUUUCUCAGCACCUCAAUGGCUUUCAGUCUCUAGUGCAGGGAAGGCGAGUCUCGCCAAGCACAAGUCUGUCCGUGUUUGCCUCGCGUACUGGAGGUCGGGCUGCUUUCUGGAACUUUGCCCUCGAAGACCUCCUUUCAGCAUAUGCAAACGGAAAACCUACACGACUGCAUCCGAUUGACUUGGACCUAUGGGUGUCUGCUGGCCUACCUCUUGUACGAAGACCAACGGACCCAGCUGGAGAAGGUGCUGGCCAGUUAUCACUACAGCUUGACGCCAUCUUUGAUGCUGGACGAGAUGAUGUGAUUGCCUGCACAUUGAUCUGGAUCGCAAACCGAGUAGUCAACUUUAUUGUUGAGCGUGGAGCACAAACCAUUGGAGGUAUCCACCUCCGCCAUUGGACUGAACUGCGCAAUCUCCUCGAGGUCUGGCACAAGAGAUUGCCGGUCACCUUCCAUCCAUACGCCACAGUGGAGACCAGAAACAUUACGGAAUCGCGUCAGGGUCAGCAGAACAAGAUGUUUUUCAGCGUUCCAAUGAGUGCUGGAGCCUUGCAGCUGUACCAUUUCGUCCAGAUCCUGCUCAUACUCCAUCGACCUUCUGACACCGAAGGGUCCCAAACGCAAGGUACUCGCUUGAGAGCUUUGAGGAACGCGGCCGAAGAGUCAGAACAUCACAGCCGACACAUUUGCGGCAUCGCUCUCGGAAGUCCUCCUAGCGCAGUACAAAGGCUAAUGAUACAGCCACUCCAUCUGGCCGGAUCCUGCUUCGAGGGAAAUGAUGACCGUAGGUUGGUUCAGGAGCUGCUCGAGAAUGUGGAAGUAGAGACAGGCUCAUCCACCUUGCGGGUUCGGCAGGAUCUUCUUUCACAGUGGGGCUGGCCAGGCGGGAAUGGUUGA